GUGCAGUGGGCAGACGGGAUGCAAUCAGUUUCUUGUCCUCUUGCUUAGCAGAGAACGUCUACGAAAUGAAUCGACUAGUGUUAGCGUUCGGUAUCGUCUGCUUACUGCAGGGACUCUCCGCUGAGCCGAGACCACAAUUUGGGCUGGAAAACGAUCUUCCAGCAGGUAGCAGAAUAGGAUCAAUGAAAAGUGAUGUCAACGACUAUUUGAACGAUAUCGGUGACCUCACUGUUGAGGAUGUAACCUCCGGAGUGGAAAAUCUCGAGGUCACAGAGACGAAUAUUGAGGGCUUUAUCCAAUACUUCGACAGCACAACGGGGUCUUUAAUGGAUAGCUUCGAUACAUUGUUGGAUGCUUCGGAUGGCGACAUUGAAGGCGCUUUUGUCCCAUUUAUCCAAGAAAUUGAUAAUGUGUUGGACUAUUUAGUUGAAGAUGGUGCCGCCUAUGUUUCGAACAUUGCCGAGCUAGGGUACACUGGCAUCUCUAAUGAGCUGACCGAUGCGUCCGAGUUCUUUAGUGCCGGUUUGGAAGACUUGAAGUCGAAAACGCAAACAGUUCAAAACAAUGUAGCGGCUGCGUACAACGCUGCAGGCGAAUCUACUAACGUCAAUACGGCCAUCUUACGCCAGUACGUUACUCUAAGCAGCAUGUACAACAUGUUGAACUCAAUGACGAAAUUGCGCUCGUACCUACCGAUUCUACAAUACAUCUUGGAGACCGUCAUUGAAAACAGUGCCGAAGCGGACAGUUUCGUGAACGAACUAGCGGAUAGACUAGACAAUGAAAUUGAUCCAUUUGCUGAAGAGUUGGCUGAUGACAUCGACGAGGCGCUCUACGAUAUUGAUGACGCGAUUGAUGAUCGUGUUAUAGAUAUCUACGACGACCUUGAUGACAUUUUAUCAAACAUCGAAUCCUUGAGUGUUAUUGCCGACGCAGUCGAGACACCCGAUCUGGUGACCCCCAUAAAUGACAUGAAGAGUCUAUUCUUCAUCAGUGGAAUGGGCGCAACUUAUGCCCCCAUGGAGGGUGCCUUCGAAAACGUAUACACAGCUAUCGAAAGUCUCUUUAGUUCACUUGCGGACGCUGUCGAUGUGAAUGAUAAUCCGCUAACCAUUCAGUUAGUCGACACGCUGAUGGGUAAUGAUAAGUACGGUCGCUACUGUUACAACAAGUACAAGGAUUUGGUUAUGGGUUUGUUUGAUUUAUCCUACAAUGGCGCUUAUCUGUGUGUUGACAAGGAGAUCGUACGUAUCGAGCACUUGCAGGACACGCUUAUGAUCAUCUUCGAUCUGCUGAUGGUCGACUACGAAGAUUUCGAAGACCAGGUUGGCGUAUGCGACAGUCUAUCAGAUGCCGGUAACAGCUUUACUGGCGAUUGUCUCUCAUCGUUGAACACAUUCUAUACUGCUUUGGAAGCGGCCACCGAGGAUAAACUUGAUUUAGUGUUCACGAUCGCCACGGACGAGGCCGUCGCCAUCGAGAACCGUCUACUUAUGUGCUUCGAACUGGUCAACCUAGAUGUUUCCGUUAUACAGGCUGGAGAGAUCUCUGAAGGACUCGCUAUUUGUGCCGAGGAUGGUCCCACUGGAUCGGAUUAAGCGUGUCACAAUGUCCACUAUUGCUUCCCUCCUUCAUGGGCAGGUCUACAAAACAAAUGAUGCCAGAGAAAUAGUUUGAAUAAAUGCAACGAACCUACUGCACACGACUCUAUCGCAGCUAGAAAAAAUCAACACUUUAAUUUCUCAUU